CCUCGUCCUUUUCCCUUUCCUUUUUACUCAGCCGUGCGGUUCAUCCAAGGUAGCUUACGCCGCCGUCGCCCAUCGCCAUACUCUUCUGCCGUGUGAGGGAGAAACCGGCGAGGGGGAGCUUAGGAGGAGCCAGUCGACCGCCUGCCACGACCUUCGUCGUCCGCCUGCGGUUCGCCGCCGCCGCCGCCGCUUCCGUCCGAAAGUGUCGCGCUGGAGCCGCGCAACGGACGAACAGCGCCAUCCCCGUCCAGUUUAGUCGGCGAGGCGGAGGUGACCGUCGGCCGCUGCAUCCUUCCUCCACAGCGUGGCCUGCUACUUGCUGCCACCUCUAGCCGUGCUUCUCCCUACUGCGGUGUGGGCCUCGAGACAUCACUGGACAGUGGACACAGGGACACAGCUGCAGACACGCUCUAGCUAGGUCUCCGGAACUCCUAUAUCCGCAACCGAUAGGUUUUUUACCGGUCGCACUGGAGAGUCCCCAUCUGCUUCUGGUCAUUCCCCUGCGUGGCACCAAGCGAGGCAAUUUCCCUCUCAAGGAAGAAAGCACAUCCGUGAGUCCGAACCUUGUUAAACCAGAACCAGGGACAGGCUACAUUUGAUGGAUGACCUUGUGUCUGAUGCGGAAGAAAAUAUUGCCUCCUGUGAGGAGACUAGUUCGGAAGAAACUGAAGAUGUGAAAGUCUGUGACAUAUGUGGAGAUGUUGGUAAGGAGAAGAAGCUCGCAGUUUGCUGUAGGUGCAAUGAUGGUGCUGCGCACACUUAUUGUAUGCGGGUAAUGAUAAAAGAGGUACCAGAGAGCGGGUGGCUGUGUGAGGAAUGCCAAGCUGAGGUAGAAAUAGAAAAGAAGAAACUAGAAGAAUCUCAAGUAAAUGUUGGCAUGAUUUCAUCAGAGAACAGAGUGGAUAAUGGAAAUGUGGGCCAUAAAGAUUCGAGGGAAGAAAAUCAGGGCAAUGAUAUAACUGUUAAGAGGAAGGAAGAAGGCAUGUCUAAUGUGGCUGCUUGGAACAAAAGGUUAAAUACACAUACUGAGGCCAAAUCUUAUGAAGAGAUUGAAGAUGUGAAAGUAUGUGAUAUAUGUGGAGAUGUCGGUGAGGUGGAGAAGCUUGCCAUUUGCGGUAGAUGCAAUGAUGGUGCUGAGCAUGUUUAUUGUAUGAGGGUGAUGAUGGAAAAGGUUCCAGACGUCAAGUGGUUGUGUGAAGCAUGCCAAUCCGAGGUGGAAAUUACAAAGAAAAGGAUGAAACUACAAAAACUUGAAGUAAUGGUUGGUACCUCUCAAGGACAGUCCUUUGAAGGACAAACGAACAAACUUGUGAAUGAUAGAAAUAGCAGAAGUUCUUCUGAGGCUGAAAUGGUGGGUAGUAAAGAGCCAAACAUGAGAAAUCAACCUGAUGGUAUGGCUUCUACGAGGACGGAAAAAGAUGCAGGGAUUAAUUCAGUGAUUAGAGAAAAACUUUCUGAACCUGGAGGUGUAUCGAUGCAAGGUGACUCCAGAAAAAGAGUUCCACCGUCGCACGAAAGCUCACUUAAGUUGGAUUCAAAGAAAGGAAAGGAACCCACUAGGCAAAUGCUAUCCUCAUUGCUAUCUCAUGCUCGAAAGAAUCAGGCACCAGCUCUUUGUGGUAAACUUGCAAAUAAUCAGGCAACACCUCUUCAUGGUUCACUCUCGAAGUCCAUUUCUUUCAACAACUCAAAGGUCCCUAAGGUGAAACCACUAGUAAUUGAAGUUCCUCCAAAGCCCAAAAAUUUUAAGGGACCUCUGUCCUGUAUUACAAAACAAAAGGGGCCAAUGAGCACACUUGCUAAGUCAGCAUCAUUCAAACAGCCAAACUCAAGUGAGCCACAUGGUGAGGAGCCAAGAUUGAUGAAUUCACCAAUGAACCGAAAUGUAACAGAUAAGAGAGGUGCUUCUAUAUCCGGGUACCCCUCCGAUGCUGCAUCAAUGAUUGCGCCAUUUUCUUCGGAAGCACAGUCCGCAGCUCAGUGUCUUAAUAAUCGAAAUAACAUGGAUAAUUUAGGCAUGCCUUAUAGACAAGGCGGUAUGAACUCUGGUGCACAGAGGAAGGUAAUUCAGAACCCAGAUACUUCACGAGUUGAUAAGAUAAAGAACCCACCUAGCUUGAAAUCGCGUGCUUCUAGCAGCAGUCAAACAAUGCGUUGUGAACGAUGUAAUGAUGUGGGCCAUUCUAUAUUACUCUGUCCUGUUGACAGAUUUAGCUUGUUUGCAAGAAAACCUUUGAAUGAGCAAACCAAUGGCCAAACUGCCAGAAGUAAUAGAACAUCUGAAGCUACUACUUUGGUUGUUACUGAAGACGAUAUUUUGAGAUCAGCAGAUCAACCUGAGCCAAUUCUGAAACGCCGUCCUUGUCACAACUCAUUAUAUAAGCCUAUAGAUGUUUCAUGUAACUCCAGUAGCCAUGCGCAAAGUAAUGAACAGAAGAUGGGAAAUUGUAUAUCUACUCCUAGCAGUGCAUCUUCUGUACAUUGUCUCGAGCUAAAAUACAAAGAGCAUCAGGCUGUAUCUGCCAUGGGAAGAAGAUAUUUGGACAGCAAUUCUACUGAGCUGACGGACAAAACACCAAUAUUUUCACCUAGUGAUGAAGGAACAGCUCCAACUUUUCCAGAGUUGGCUUGCAUUUGGCAGGGUUGUUUCGAACUAUGGAGGACUGGAAAAUCGCCUGAGCUUUGUGAGGGUUUGCAAGUGCACUUAUCAUCUUCUGCUUCACCAAAAGUGCUGGAAAUAGCAAAGAAAUUCCCUUCUAAAAUCCAGCUCGAGGAACUUCCUCGUCAGAAUUUAUGGCCCCUCCAGUUCCAUGAAAAUGUCCCUAUAUAUGACAGUAUUGGUCUUUUCUUCUUUGCAAGAGAUAUCCAGAGCUAUGAAAAUCAUUACAAUAAAUUAGUAGAAAAUAUGCUGAAGGAUGAUUUAGCGCUCAGAGGAAACAUUGAAACAGCUGAAUUGCUCAUAUUCCCUUCCAAUAUCCUGUCAAAGAACUUUCAAAGAUGGAACAUGCUCUAUUACCUAUGGGGUGUAUUUAGGGUCAGAAGAAAUGGUACUUGUGAAGACCUUCAAUGUCUCCAGCCUUUGGAAGCCAAUCAUGAGAGGUGCCACUACGGUGAGAACUCAAAUCAUCCUCUGUGUAGAGGGCCUCCAGAAUAUCAGCACCCUGAUUCAAUCACAGCAAGCUUUUCAACAAAUAACAGUAGCGCUAUUAAUGAUUUUGUCACUGCGCCGACAAGAAAAAACCAGGAACAUGCUUAUUCAGAACAGGAGGAAAAAAUGCGGGACUGUGCAGAUCAUAAUGAACCAGGCAAGGCGAACACAGUUGUCAACCAUGACAAUGCUGAGCACCUCAUGGAUGCCAACCAUGUAAAUACUACUCAAGUGUGCUCUCACAAUGCGGACCAUAUUUCACACGUCUCCGGCGGUGCUCACAAAAGAGAUGUUGAUACGGCAAACUGGGCUGAUGAAGUCAACGUCUCACAUAAGAAAAUCAAACUGGAUAACGGAUGUUCUGUGAAACCCAUGUCAGGUUAGAAUAUCAGCAAUGUGCAUCCCCUGCCAGCUUUCUCUCUGGAUGGCGGGGGUUCACAACAAGGCGAUGACAGGAAGCUCGGAGUUUAUUUUCGAAGGAAAAGAAGCUCGAAGUUUGUAAGAGGUGCCUCGUUUCCACGUGAGUUGAAAAUUGGAUGGUGCAGCUGACUGGAAAGGAUGUAAAUAAUUUUUGGGGAAAUCCUUUACCCCGGUAGGCCGAUCGAUCCCUAUCAACGCCAAAACAACAUGUUGUUCAAUCAAGCUAGUGUUGCUGACUCCGCCCUGCUCCGUAAGGCGAUGUAUGUUCUGACCCACAAAAUACAAAAUAGGCUUAUCUCAUCCACCUCUUACCUUUUCAACCCCAGAUAAAAUGGCUCAUCCAACCAAUACAAAAAGAAUGCUUUUAGUAUUCUACACUGGACUAUUUUUCUAUUCGUCGCUCUUUCUUUUAGCAACCCACAUAAUGCCUUGAAGAUUAGUGCAAAAUAUGAAACUUACAGUAA